CGGGGCGGGCGGCGCUGAGCGAGCCAGGCAGGCCCCAUGGCCGCCAGCCGGGCGUCCAACGGCCGCGCCGCGCACCCCAGCGCGGGGCUCAAGCGGGCGCGCAGCGAGCCGGGAGGCAGCAGAGUGACCGUGGUGCUGGGGGCGCAGUGGGGGGACGAAGGCAAAGGGAAGCUGGUUGACCUGCUGGCCACCGAGGCGGAUAUCGUCUGCAGGUGCCAGGGUGGGAAUAAUGCAGGCCACACUGUCGUCGUUGAUGGGAAGGAAUAUGAUUUUCACCUCUUUCCUAGUGGCAUAAUUAAUCCAAAGGCAAUUUCCUUUAUUGGUAAUGGGGUGGUUAUACAUUUACCAGGCUUGUUUGAAGAAGCUGAAAAAAAUGAAAAGAAAGGUUUAAAGGAUUGGGAGAAAAGACUCAUCAUAUCAGAUAGAGCACACAUUGUGUUCGACUUUCACCAGGCAGCUGAUGGACUUCAAGAAGUACAACGUCAAGCACAAGAGGGAAAAAAUAUUGGUACAACAAAGAAAGGAAUUGGACCAACGUAUUCUUCUAAAGCUGCACGAACAGGCCUUCGUAUUUGUGACCUCCUUUCAGACUUUGAUGAAUUUUCUUCAAGGUUCAAGAAUCUGGCACACCAAUACAAGUCAAUGUUUCCCACUUUGGAAAUAGACACAGAAGGGCAACUGAAAAAACUAAAGGGGUAUGCUGAAAAAAUAAGGCCAAUGGUCCGAGAUGGUGUUUAUUUUAUGUAUGAAGCUCUUCAUGGCUCCCCAAAGAAAAUUCUUAUUGAAGGUGCCAAUGCAGCACUACUUGACAUUGACUUUGGCACAUACCCAUUUGUGACAUCAUCAAACUGUACUGUGGGUGGCGUAUGCACUGGACUUGGUGUUCCUCCUCAGAACAUUGGUGAAGUAUAUGGUGUGGUGAAGGCAUACACUACUAGAGUGGGAAUUGGAGCCUUUCCCACUGAGCAGAUAAACGAAAUUGGAGACAUCUUGCAGUCCCGAGGCCAUGAAUGGGGAGUAACCACAGGCAGAAAAAGGCGCUGUGGCUGGUUGGACCUUGUCAUUUUGAGAUACGCUCACAUGAUCAAUGGAUUCACUGCUCUGGCAUUAACAAAACUGGAUAUUCUGGAUGUCCUUGAUGAGAUUAAAAUCAGUGUUGCUUACAAACUGGCUGGAAAAAGAAUUCCAUAUUUUCCAGCUAAUCAGGAGAUACUGCAGAAGGUGGAAGUAGAGUAUGAAACAAUGCCUGGGUGGAAGACUGACACGACUGGGGCGAGGAAAUGGGAGGAUCUCCCACCCAAGGCACAGAAUUAUAUUCGAUGUGUGGAAAACCAUGUUGGAGUGCCAGUAAAAUGGGUUGGAGUUGGAAAAUCAAGAGAGUCAGUGAUCCAGCUAUUUUAAACGAACAAAGAACUUCAGUGAUGAGAAGCACAAUUUAAUGUUCAUCUGUUCCUUACUACUCCCAAGUUAAAAUGGAGAUCCUGUUUCAAACCAAAAUGUUCUUCUCGGAAAUGAUUAGAAAGAAAUAUAUAUUGUAUACUUUAAUAUUUUCAUUUAUCAGUAAAUGCAAAUUGUCAGUGAUAAAAAUCUGUUUGGUAGCCACCAUCUUUUUCUCACACACAUAUGCACAAAACAUAAAGAAUUCAGUAACUGAAUAAAAACAGGAAUGAAAAAACAAGUGUUUUUCUUUUUUCUUCUCUGACUUGACCCAUGUUGCUAUUCAUAAGUGUUUUAUGUUCAUAUGAAGUUAUUUCUUUGGGCUGAUGACGAUACUGAACAUUUUCCAGUCGUUACUGAAUGACUGGAAAAGCUGAAGUUAUUCUUCAAAGGGAAAAGUUAUAAUUCCUGUUUCUAUGGGUUGUCAGCAAUAGGACAUAUAUAUUGCAUUUAAAAUUGGCCUGGUUAUGUAGAUCCUCAAUUCCUAAAACACAAUAAAAUUAGGUAGGCAUUUUUGAUUACACAAAGCAAGGCAAAUGCGAUUUAGCUUGAAGCCUGAGAUUUUUUUUACAACCUAUUAAAUAAAUGGGAGAGAAGCUACAGUGAUUGUAUCACACAGUGACGCAAGCCAGUAACUGAGGUAACUUUUGGGGAUGAGCCAAACUGGAGAUAGCUGAGUUGCCUAUGUAUUUCCUUCAAAUUUCCUGUUUACCAACAGGCACCCCACAUGGAGACUGGCAGAGGAGCUUUCCUCCCCUCAAAAUAAAGGAAAUCAGAGGAGUGGUGAAGGGUAUAAAGGGUCCCAAAGCCACAGAAAUGGCCUGUGGGGGAGGGAGGGAGUAGAGCCAGUGCAGCAUGAUGCACCUUCUCCCUGAAUCUGAGAUGUGUCUCCAAGCAAACACUGUAGAUCUGGAGCAACCUGGAUUUUGUUGGGCGUAGGUGAUGAGGCACUGGAGAGCACCAGCUGUCUGGUGGCAUGCUGUCCUCCAAAUCUGGUGCAUUUCCAGGCAUAAAUCUAUGCAUGAUUUAAUGCUGCUAGUUGCAGCCUUAACUCCCUUUCCCAGCUUUUGACCCCUUACCAAACUGUAGGGGGUGAUACCUAAAGGAGGGAGCAUAUGACAGCACAGCUCCUGACAGGGCUGAGCUGUUUGGGCAAAGGAGGUACAGAACAGAGGUUCCAAAAUUUCCAGGGAUGGAUCUGGAUUUCCUCAUUGAUCUCUGGUUCUGCAUGGUUAGAAGGCCGUGCUCUCUACCUUCUCUGCAUGGCCCAAGCCCCUCUUUUAGAGAGGAGAAUGCUGCAGAAACUGAGUUAUUCCAAAAGCUGUGGAAUUUUCAGAGCACAUUGACUUUUCUGUGAGUUUUUCCACGGGGGGGGGAGAAUAUAGCCCAAUAUUUUUAUGACAUUCCCAGAUGCUUGGCGCACAUCUAGGAAUGGCAUCACUGCCUCUGCUGGUUCUCAGUGCAUUAAUACCAUGAUUUCCUUUGUGAAAAUGCCCCUUUUUGAGACAGUACUUCCAGGAGUGAUGGCAUCCAAAACGGUGGUACCUUUAGGUGCAGAAUGGGGAAAAAUAAGACCUGUCCAUGGACCUCCAAACACCUCCAGAUCCAGUUACCUCAUGUGCACUCUCCUAUGUUGUCCCAUCUCUAACAAUUAUCUAGAUAUCUUUUAACGUUUAAGGUCUGUGGUAUUUUUUAAAGUAAACAUGACAUAUGAGCAACCAUGGCUUAUAUAAUGACAAGGUAGUAAAGCAGUUUAUAUUAUCGUAUAAAGAUGCAUUGAGGCUUGUAGUACAGUUCCUCUGCACCCUCCUCUGGCUGCAGUGCAGUCUCUUCACACCCCCAUCCAGCACAGCCUGUGGUUUUGUGGAUAGGUGCUGGGUUUGUAAAAGUUGUCUAGGGGGCCAGGAGUCAGAGGGUGAAGCCUUCAGUGGGGGUAUAAGGAGCAGAGCCCCCUAUACUUGUAAGGCCUGGCAGAGGGGCAGCUGGGCCAAAUUUGAGUGUCAUUGUGACCCUCUGCACCAGAUCUCAGUGCCAGUCAGAUUUGGUCCAAUCAGGCAGGUAACCACGGCUGGGGAUGGGCCCGCUUUCCCCAUGAGUCCAUAUAACCUUGCUCUUAUGGCUUUAUGCCACAGUCUAGUCCUUUAUGUCCAGUGAUUUAAGCACAAGAACUUCUGAGUCCUAACCCUGACUUAUUCUGAGGCCUAGGGCAAGUCAUUUAACCUGUGUGCCUCAGUUUUGCCAUCUGUAAAAUGGCAGAUAAUACUUAUUUACCUACCUCAUAUAGGUUUUAUGAGGAUUAAUUAAUGUGGGCCAAAUCCUGUUGUACUUACUAUUCUCUUUUAUUAGGCAAAACCCCCAUUGAUAGUCAAUGGGAAUUCUGCCAGUGUAAGGACUGUAGGAUUUAGACCUUAUGUAAUGUUUGUAAAGCACGUUUGACAGGUGCUCUGUAAGUGCUAAGUAUUAUUAUUAUUAGCACUGUAAAAUGUAGCUCAUUUUACGAGGUAUCUUAAGCACAAGCACUCUUGGCAAUGCACUACUAAUCAAGUUUCAUUUCCAGUGGGCUCAAUCUCAUGUCAGUCAUCCAUUAGACGGUUCAGAUUGAGUCCUUCCCUCAGCCCAUUGUCCUCACCACAUUUUCAUUAGCGCAUAGCCAUUUUAUUUGGGCUUUGUUCAGUUUAAUAGGAUUAGGUCCACAGUGAGUAACAGUUACUCACAGUGUACCAACAACCAUCAGAUUAAAUGAUCAACCCUAAAUAAAUCAUUUUGGUACAUUAAAAAUGAAGUUGUUAUAAAUUAUUUGUCACAGGAUCAAUGUCUCUUGCUUGACCUAGAUCUUUAUUUUCCAUGAAGUGCUGUUCCAUUUUGCCUUUGCUUUAGGGCCUCAUCCAAGCCCACUGAGACCCUUGAUUUGCACCACAUCAGCAGACCAUUAUCCUGUGACACUGUUCUGUUCCACUGUUAUCUCUUGCAUUUAAUUUAAUUGCAUAGGGUUUUUUUUAAAUCAGAUUUCUUCCCCCUACUGAAUUCUGGGAAUUUUGCCACUGUGUUCAGUGUGAACAGGUUCAGGCCUUUAUUUUUAGAAGUUCUUUACAGGCUGUGAUGACACAAACUUUUAAAAGGAACAUGUUUGAUGUAAACCAUACAUUUAUCUUGACUGUUUCCUGUGGCAGACUAGUUUAGAUUGGAACCUUUGCUUGGAAUUUCAUUGUAAUAAUAAUCACUGUGGCUAAUUUAAAUUUUCUUUGUUCACAAGUUGAAUGUAAUAAUUUUUGAAAUUUGUUCAUGUAUCAUGUUGUUAGAUGUACUGAUGGAAGAAUAAGGGGAAAUGUCUACUAAUAUGGUAUCUUAUAUUGUAAUGGAUUACAGUAAAAAAAGUUACUAAACCAUUCAGGUAAAAUAUGUAUUUGACAGGUUUUUGUCAGACUUGCCAUCACGUGGCCUUCAUAAUCAGGUGUACACUUCCUAACAUAUGCUAGUUUUUUUUUGGGUGGUUUCCCUGAAUUUUUUAACUGACCUGUAUAUGCUCUUACAGCACUGGCCAGCUGCAUUUUAUAAAUUGAAAUAAAUAAAAUGAAGAGUUUUCAAAGUAAUGUGCAAAAUGUACAUACACACUCCCACGUACCCAUGUAGAUUUUGCAGGAAAACUUUGAAAUCUCAUCUCAUUAUUUUACCCUCAAAGACACAUUUUAAAUUCAUUUUAAAACAAAUAUUUCUGAGAGUUUGGGGACAACAUUCACUACUUUCAAAUCCAGAAACAUAGUCAAGUGUUUCCUAAUGCUUUUAAAAUAAUUAUCAAGAAGCUUUGUGUGAGAAGUGGAUAUUUUCUAACUAGCUAUGAGUAGCAAAUAUUUACUAUUGGCAUUUUAUUCAUAUAUUCUUAGGAAUGGAUAGGGUGAUUUUCCUACUUAUAAACCAGGUUUGGGGAUUUUACCACUAUCUCCACCAAUCUGGAGUCCUGGCUAACAAUUCCUACUUAACUGACAGAAACACGUACUUCACUCAUGAUGCAGAACUUUUCCCUUUGAACAUCUCGUGACUGACUCUAGUGAAUUCUUUCCAUGAUAAAUUGCUUAAAGAAACUUGAACAAUUAACUCCCUACAGUUCUUUAUCAUUACAAAUCCAUCCAUAACACACCAUUGGGGAAAGGAAGGAAAAAAUUAUCUCACCUAAUAUAACUAAGGCCACCCCCUACAAUAUGGCAGGCCUUCAGAUUGGAGGGGGUAGGGACUUUCGGGAUCCUGUUUUUACAGGCAGGAAAAUUCCAUUUCUCAUAAUCUCCUGAAACCAAUCUGGAACAACAGGCCUUUUACUUCAGUGUUCAUAUCCAACGAGCGAGAGACCAGGUCAGUACAUCUACUGAAGGUAAUGUCUGACAAGGGACUAGGGAGACUUCUGUGUUGCCAGUUGAUAGAUCUUGCCUAUAAAGGUUGACUCACUUUCUGCCAGUCACAUGAAGACACCCUCAGUGGAAUGAGCAUUGACUGGUAACUGUGGCCUCUAAAGCAGUUUCAUCACACCCCAUAAGUAGGGACUUGUGUAAAUCAAUUUUUUUUUUUUUUUUUAGAAAAUGAACGACAAUGCAAAUGGCAAAGUAUUGAAUUUCACUGAGUUCGUACAGAAUGAAUUUUACAACUUAACAUUAGUCAGUUCCAAGGAUGAAAUGAAUUUUACAAGUUAAUUUAAUCAAUUUUACAACUAAAAUGUAUUCCAUCCUGGAAAUUGACUAAUGUUAACUUGUAAAAUUCAUUCUAUCCUUGGAACUGACUGAUGUUCAGUUUGGGGGCAUUUUCAUGAUUUCUGUGCCCUCUAUGAAAUUGUGGUUUACACAGGGCCCAAUCCAUAAGGCACUGGUGUAUCUGGAGCUGCCAGAGGCAGAAUGGAGACUGGGCUGUCUGCUGAAGCUACCAGCCAGGAGCCCCUCCGUGAGAAAAAUGCUGCUUUGUGAUCAGUCCAGCUGGGCAGUGAAGAAUGCUCCACCCCUCUCCUGGUUCAGACUCAGAAAGAAGGAGGGGGCAUGAUGAGAAAUAUUGUGGAAACUGGGGAACCGUUUUUACUUUGUAGAAACAUACUAAAUAAAGGGCAUUCCUGGUCCUAA